AUGAGCGCUUCAGCCGCAGCGGUUGCUGCCAACCAGGAGAGCAAUUCAGCCAGUCAGGGUCUAGACGAACUCCUUGGCCCCGAUGAUGACGAUGAUUCCUGCCAUUGGGGUUCAUUGGCUCAACGUGAGAAGAUUGCCUUCCUGGAGAAUAACCUGGAGAAGCUGACUAAGGUGCACAAACAGCUGCUCCAUGACAAUGCUGAGCUGCGCUGUGAACUGCCAAAACUGGAAAAACGACUGAGGGUAAGAGUUGUCUUCCUGCUUGCCUGUCUGCCAUGUUUUGGCUUUUUUGCGUGCUCACCACGGGAAAUUCUGUCUGUGCGUACCAUGCCUCUGAAUUCUGUUUCCCUGGGUGCGGGGAAUCGAUUUAACAUAUGCGCUCAGAGCCUUCACGUUGUGAUUGCGCUUAUUAGCCGACUCCGCGUUGUUACUUGA